AUGACAACGGCCCUCCAGUGGGAGGCUUACCUCCAGGGGCGCGCAGAGAUGCCCUCACUUGCCAAGAAGUACGCCCAGCCCUGUCUCCCGCAGGGGUCUCCCCAGCCUGCUCGGCCCGCCGUUCCGCAGGAGCUUCCGCCACCUGCUCCGCCCGUCGUCCCGCAGGGUCCGCCUGCUCCGCCCGUCGUCCCGCAGGGUCCGCCUGCUCCGCCCGUCGUCCCGCAGGGUCCGCCUGCUCCGCCCGUCGUCCCGCAGGGGGCCGUCUGCUCCGCCCGUCGUCCCGCAGGGCCGUCUGCUCCGCCCGUCCCGCAGGGGCCGUCUGCUCCGCCCGUCGUCCCGCAGGGGCCGCCUGCUCCGCCCGCUCUGCCCGCAGGGACCGCCUGCUCCGCCCGCUCUGCCCGCAGGGACCGCCUGCUCCGCCCGCUGUGCCCGCAGGGACCGCCUGUUCCGCCUGCUCUGCCCGUUGUUCCGCAGGGGCCGCCUGCUCCGCCCGCUCUGCCCGUUGUUCCGCAGGGGCCGCCCGCUCUGCCCGUUGGCCCUCCUCCUGCUCUGCCCAGCGCCCAGGAGGGGCCUCCUCCUGCUCUGCCCAGCGCCCAGGAGGGGCCUCCUCCUGCUCUGCCCAGCGCCCAGGAGAGGCCUCCUGCUCUGACCAGCGCCCAGGAGGGGCCUGCUAUGCCCAGCUUCCAGCGGGGGCCGUCUGCCUCGCCCCUUAGUGUUCCCAAAUCAUCGCUGCCCCGCACCCAGGAGCUUCCCCGGCCCAGGGCCCAGAGACCCUGGCCGUCCAGCAGCCCUGGUCUCCUGGUCUAUUCUCUGUCCGAGUCCUGCCCUCUUGUCUUGUCUAGUCCCGUCCGGCUUCGGUCCCUGUGCCCGGCCCCGUCCGGCUUCGGUUUCUGUGCCCGGCCCCCGUCUGGCUUCGGUCCCUGUGCCCAGCCCCCGCCCGGCUUCGGUCCCUGUGCCCGGACACCGUCCUGUCCCCAGUCUGGACCCCGUCCCAUCCUGUCUCCAGUCUGGACCCCGUCCCGUCCUGUCUCCAGUCUGGACCCCGUCCCGUCCUGUCUCCAGUCCAGACCCCAGUCCCGAGUCCGUCCCGAUCCCGUUCCUGUCCAGUCCCAAGCCCUGUCCUGCCCUGUUCUUGAGUCCUACCCCAUCUGA